CGCAGCGUGUCCUGGUGUCGGUGCAUUGCUCGCCUUUCGCUGUGGGUUUCGGUGUGUGUCUAGUGGAGGUCGCGCUCUGGGAUUGAGGUGUGGGCGGGCUCUGACUCCCGGGGAUGACAGGUUCUUGGAGGAUGGAGAUUGUCAAGACACAGCUGAUGCAGGAGACACAGUAACUAAUCUGGAAAAAAGUGUCGUGCAACUCUGGUAAUGCAUUGUGGCUCAUGAAAUGUGCAGAAUAUCCGAUGAAUGCUAAUAAUUUCUUCAAACCUGGAAAGCUCUGCUCAAAGUGGUUCAGGAGAAAGUGUGCAUAUUUCAUAAAUCCUGCUUGACAAGUUGGCUGGAGGAGAUUUGGCAAAAGCUACUUUCUGGCCAUAGAUUUCAUUUCUAACACUCUUGUGUGAUAUUCUGUAACCAUGCCAGCUUUAUCGACUGGAUCUGGAAGUGACACAGGUCUGUAUGAGCUCUUGGCUACGUUGCCAGCCCAGCUGCAGCCACAUGUGGGCAGCCAGGAAGACCUGACCUUCCUUUGGGAUAUGUUUGGUGAAAAAAGCCUCCAUUCACUAGUAAAGAUACAUGAAAAGUUGCUUUAUUAUGAGAAGGAGAACCCUUUACCCGUAAUUCACACUGCUACAGCCCUGGCAGAUGAUCUGGCUGAAGAACUGCAAAGCAAACCACUGAACAGUGAGAUCAGGGAGCUGCUGAAACUACUGUCAAAACCAAAUCUUAAGGCUCUCCUCUGUGUACACGACACUGUGGCACAAAAGAGCUAUGACCCUGUGCUUCCUCCCAUGCCUGAUGACAUCGAUGAUGAUGAAGAUUCAGUGAAAAUAAUCCGGCUAGUGAAAAACAGAGAACCAUUGGGAGCGACAAUAAAAAAAGAUGAAAACACUGGAGCCAUUGUUGUUGCAAGAAUAAUGCGAGGAGGGGCUGCUGAUCGAAGUGGUCUAAUCCAUGUUGGUGAUGAACUAAGGGAAGUUAACGGAAUAAGUGUGGAAGACAAAAAGCCUGAAGAGAUUAUCCAUAUUUUGGCUCAAUCUCAGGGAGCAAUUACAUUUAAAAUUAUACCGACUAUCAAGGAAGAAACGCCGAAUAAUGAAGGCAAGAUGUUUGUUAGAGCCCUUUUUGACUACUUCCCUAAUGAGGAUAAAGCUAUUCCAUGUAAAGAAGCUGGGCUUUUGUUCAAGAAGGGAGAUAUCCUUCAGAUCAUGAGCCAGGAUGAUGCAACAUGGUGGCAGGCCAAACACGAAGGCAAUGCCAAUCCUAGAGCAGGCUUGAUCCCUUCGAAGCAAUUCCAGGAGAGGAGAUUUGCACUAAGAAAACCUGUAGUUUUGAAUCAACAACAGAAACUCCCUAACAGAAAAUCAUCUGGGUUUAGAAGAAGUUUUCGUCUCAGCAGGAAAGACAGAAAAACAAAUAAAUUCAUGUAUGAAUGUAAGAAGAGCGACCAAUACGAUACAGCAGAUGUUCCAACGUAUGAAGAAGUGUCAUUGUAUCAACGGCAGGCUAAUGAAAAAUACAGGCUAAUAGUCUUGGUUGGACCAGUGGGAGUUGGUUUAAAUGAACUGAAGAGGAAGGUGUUGAUGAGCGAUAACCAGCACUAUGGUGGGACUGUACCUCAUACAACUAGAGGAAAGAGGAACCAGGAAAAUGAUGGCGUGGAAUACAUAUUUAUUUCUAAGCACUUGUUUGAGACUGAUAUACAAAAUAACAAGUUUAUUGAAUACGGUGAAUAUAAAAACAAUUACUAUGGCACAAGUCUAGACUCUGUUCGGUCAGUCAUGGCGAAGAAUAAAGUUUGUUUGCUGGAUGUACAGCCGCACAGCAUUAAACAUCUGAGAACCUUCGAAUUUAAGCCAUUUGUGAUAUUUAUUAAGCCCCCAUCUAUUGAACGUUUGAGAGAGACAAGGAAGAGCGCCAAGGUUAUCUCUAACAAGGAUGAAAGGGGAUUUACAAAAUCUUUUACAGAAGAAGAUUUUGAAGAAAUGAUCAAUUCAGGACAAGUAAUGGAAGCUCAGUACAGCCAUCUUUUUGACACAGUUCUAGUAAAUGAAGAUCUCACGACAGCUUACAAUGAACUGAAAUCAACUUUGGACAGACUGGAGACUGACCCCUGCUGGAUACCAGUGAACUGGUUGCACUCUUGAACGGCACCUUUUUAUUAUUAUUAUUAUUUUAUUUUGUGUGUGUAUAAAUGUACACACACAAGCAUUUUUUGCUGGUGGGCUUUUUAUUUGUUCUGGAAUUAAUUUUAAUUUCUGGUCUUGUAUUUGCUGUAAGAUACUAUGUAAAACAUUUCAGAAGCAAGACAUACUUUUUAAUGUAAAAGACUUUCUUUAACAUGAGUUAAAGGCCUGUGCAGGUUGGAUGACACAUAUGAGCCUGCUGUUACAAGAAAACGAUUAUUUUCUUAUUGGUUGGGGUUUAUGCAUAGUAGGCUAUAGUUUGAAAGGACUACACUAAUUUGUAAUGCACUGAAUAGAUUCAUAAUAUGCCUCGGCUAUGUUAACCAUUGUAUUUGGGAAAUGUUACAGAAUCUGCACUGGUUAUUUUUUUUCAGAGAAACUGUAAUUUUUACACUGGAAAAUAUACAAACUUUAGCCCUAUUUAUGCUUUUUAGUUAAAUGGUGUUAAAGUGGUGUAAUGGAUAUUGUGUGUUUAUGCAACUGCCUUUAUAAUAGAGUUUUGUUCUAAAACCUUUUUUUUUUUUUAAUAUUUGACGUUUAUCUUAGAAAAAAUUGCAAUUAAUAAUAAUAUUGAUUUUUUUAAUUAUGGUGGGUGGCAUAUGUCCACAUUAAAUAGAAUAUUUGCUGUUUAUAUAAUGUUACAUUUAUGCAAUGUCAUAUUUUAUUUCCAUUAGUGAUUUAAUGUAGUUUUUUUGGAAACCUUCAGGAAUCUUUCCUGAUAUAAUGAACACUAAUCUGGUACCACUUUUGUCUUGCAUUUGCACAAGCAACAACAUACCACACAAUGUCAAAUUUACAGAGUCAGAAGGGGAAAAACAGACAUUCACAACUAAUCUAAGUCUUUGCUUAAGUGAAUACUUCUGAAAGUUCCUUAUGAUAUUUAACUGGAUUUCAUUACAUAUAAUAAUUUAUAUUAAAUACAAAUGUUUUAGAAUUUCAGAACUUUUAUUUUUUUAAAUGAUCUGUAAAUCUCUGUUGCACAUGUGUACUGUUUUUCUUUUGUUAACUUCCCAAAAUGGUUGUGAAGUUUUUUUUUAUUGAAUAUAACUUCUGGUAUGUUCACCAUAUUGUUGGUUUUCUAUUUAUUUUACAGAUCUUUUACGGAAAAAAGGGGGGGAAAAACUGCAUACAAAUUCCACUUGACUAAAAAAGUUAAAAUUUUCAGAGCCAUAAACUUGACAAUGACCACAACAAGGAAGUUGGUUUCUUAUUCAAGUUGUUUCUUAUUCGAGAUAUUCUGUUUCUUAUUCAUGGAAGUUGGUUUCUUUUUCAAUUUUUUUUUGUCAGACUGCUUUAAAUUGACUUUAAAAUAAAAAUAUAGGUUUUAUUUAAAUAACAAUAUGAUUUCUAUAAUGUAGUUAUUCAGAGGUGAAUUCCCUUUAUACAACAGCUGUAUAUACAAACUGGGGGGGAAAGGGCAUACGUUGGCACCAAUACAAAUAUUACAAUUUUGAAUAAGUAACUGAUAUUUUCAAAGGGUUAAUGACCAUUGGGCACUGAUUUUACUGUUAAUAUAUGUAGGGUAGACCCCCCUCCAAUAUCCAAUACAAUAUAUUUAAUAAUUAUUCUUUAAAAUAAACCCCCAAUAAAAUGCAUAUACAUAUGUACAUCACCCAUAUAACCAACAAAUUCUUCCAGGAUUCCUCUGAUAAAUCCAAUUUCACCUCAUAAAUUAAAAGAGGUAAUUUUUGCAAGAUGGAUAAAAAUUAGGCCCAGGUUGCUUUAUAAUAGACUGGAUCGCAAGGCAGCAGUUUGUCAGCCAAAAAUUCAGCAGCAGCAGCCCUCUUUUUCUCUCUUGUCUGGGGUUAUAUCACGCAAUAUAAUCCCACCCCUUUUUAUUCUAAUCAUAGGUGAAACAAUAUGAUAGGCCCUUCAGAAGCUUCUCUAUAAUAACUCGUCCUUACGGAGCUGAGCAUUUAUUGGCCCUUCGAGCUGAAACAUUUAAUUGGUUAUUUGGAUGUGUUUUAAACAGUCAAUUCGUUUGGCUGUCAUACCAGUUUUAAUCCCCUAGGGGGCAGCAAACAACCGCAAAUGCAGAUCUCAUCAUCAAUAUUGCUAACAAUUUAAUACAUCCUUAUAAAGUGAUUAUUUAACAUACUAUAACUUUUAGCAUUAAUAAACCUCUCUUGUCAGCAUCUAUAUUUCAUUUAGCAUAACAGCAAAUGUACAAUUUGACACCAAACACCAGUAUUAUAUCAAUUUCUAUGAUAAAAUAGAAGAUAUCCAUGUUUAUGGCUAAUAUUCAUAAUACAUCUUCUUGUCUGUAAAAUAAAGAAACAAUGUUCUAAAAAUGUCAAACAUUUAUACAUCUAUUUGCAGUAUUUAUCAAGCUCAGCAAAUAUUUAUCUAAUAUGUUACUAUUAGUCACUGCUUCUUAGGUUUUCAGCUUCCAAUAUUACCCUUCUUAGGCAUAGACACUCUCCCAGAUUCAUGUGUUCAUAUUUAAUAGGUUGUCUGAAUAUAUAAAUACAUAUUCAUUUGAGUAUCUUAAACUUACAUAAGAAUUUGGCACAAUUCUUUUUGUAAGAUUUAUUUUUCCCAUGUCAUGUAUUUAGAUCUCAGCAGGGACAAUUUAUCACAUAUAUGCUAAGGGCUAUUUCCUGGGCCUUAGUGUUUGCUUAUCUGAUUUAUUCAGAAUUUUAGGCUCCCUCUGUAUUGAGCAGUGAGGGGGUCUGCAAAUCUAUUAUCCAUGUUGGGCAUGAAACUCCAUAUAUGGACCUAUACAUCUGAGGGUUUCAAAAUGCUAAGAUCUACUUUGAAGUGUCCCACUGAUCUAAGAAAUGAUUUCCUGAACUAAUUAGACCAGAUGUUUUCUUCCUGUGUUCUCAUUUGGAUGUAUUGUAAUCAGAAAAAGGGGGUUUUGGGGCUUUUAUGGCUAUAGCCCACACAAUUCAUGUCAAAUUUUAUAUUAACAAAAAUGAAACAUCAGUUAAUGUGGUACAUCUGCAGUCCACUUCAUGUUAUUCACAGAUAUCCUGACAUUCCAAAGGCUUAAUGACAAUCGGGCCACUGAUUUUACUGUUAAUAUAUGUAGAGUAGAUCCCCCUUCAUGACAUGCAAUUGUUUUUUGCCUGGCCCAGUUGUGUUUUAGGCACAUAAAUGAAUGCCAAUCCAGGCAUAGAUGCUGUAAUUUCCAUUUUUGAAUACGUAACUAAUAUUUUCAAAGGGUUAAUAACCAUUGGGCCACUGAAUUUACUAUUAAUAUACACACAGUAGAUCCUCCUCCAUUAGAUGAAAUUGUUUUUAGCUUGGCCCAAUUGUGUUUUGGGCACAGAAAUGGAUGUCAACCCUCUGAAAAUAUCAGUUUCUUAUUUAACUAUGGAAAUUACAGCACCUUAUGUUCCUAAAACACCAUUGGGCCAGACUAAAAACAAUUUCAUGUCAUGGAGGGGGAUCUACACUACAUAUAUUAACAGUAAAAUCAGUGGCCCAAAGGUCAUUAACUUUUUGUUGUUUGUCUGUGCCCAAAACACCAUUGGGCCAGGCUAAAAACAAUUGCAUGUCAUGGAGAGAUAUCUACUCUCUGUAUAUUCAUAGUAAAAUCAGUGACCCAAUGGUCAUUAACCCUUUGAAUAUAGCAGUUAUUCAACUAUGGAAAUUACAGCACCUUUGCUAGGGUUGGCAUCAAUUUAUGUGCCCAAAACACCAUUGGACUAGACUUAAAACAAUGUCAAGUCAUGGUGGGGGAUCUACACUAUAUAUAUAUUAACAGUAAAAUCAGUGGCCCAAUGGUCAUUUACCCUUUGAAAAUAUCAGUUACUUAUUCAAAAAUGAGAAUUACAGCACCUAUGCAAGGGUUGGCAUCAAUUUCUGUGCCCAAAACACCAUUGGGCCAGGCUAAAAACAAUUAAAUAUCAUGGAGGGGGAUCUACCCUACAUAUAUUAACAGUACAAUCAGUGGCCCAAUGGUCAUUAACCCUUUGAAAAUAUCAGUUACUUAUUCAAAAAUAGUAAUUACAGCACCUUUGCCAGGGUUGGCAUCAAUUGCUGUGCCCAAAACACCAUUGGGCUAGGCUGAAAACAAUUGCAUGUCAAGGAGGGGAUCUACCCUACAUAUAUUAACAGUAAAAUCAAUGGCCCAAUGGUCAUUGACCCUCUGGAAAUAUCAGUUACGUAUUCAACUAUGGAAAUUACAGCACCUUGGUCAGGGUUGGCAUCAAUUUAUGUGCCCAAAACACCAUUGGGCCAGGCUAAAAACAAUUUAAUGUCAUGGAGGGGGAUCUAUACUAAAUAUAUUGGCAGUAAAAUCAGUGGCCCAAUGGUCAUUAACCCUUUGAAAAUAUCAGUUACUUAUUCAAAAUUGUAAUAUUUGUAUUGGUGAAAACAUAUGCCCUUUUUUCCAGUUUGUAAACCAACUUCCAUGAAUAAGAAACUAAAUAUCACGAAUUAGAAACAGCUUGAAUAAGAAACCAACUUCCAUGAAUAAGAAACCGAAUAUCACAAAUAAGAAACAGCUUGAAUAAGAAACCAACUUCCUUGUCGUACAAUGGCCUGGGUUAGUAAUCCUCAGGGCAUACAAUUAAAAUUUGGGGGGAAAAAACAAAUUUACCCUUUUCUCUUGGUGUCCUUUUUUCAAACUUCUCCUAUUCAUAAGAGCAUACUAUGGUAGCCUCAGGAAUUUGCACAUCAUGAGAACUGUAUGUUAUCUGUGUUUGCAACAAAUGGUGCUCAAUUUUAAAUUGUGUGAAUAAUUAAAAUUUGAUCUCCCUUUAAAAAUCACAGUCCCUGACUCUGCUAAAACUCCGUUAGAAGUGAACACAUUUUCAAAUGUAUUAGUAAUUUCUAACUUGCUUUUACAUCUGAUUUUGUAUUUAUACUUAUUUUUAUAUUAUUUACCUUUUUUUUUUUACUAUGGUAAACUAUAUAACAGGUUUGUCCAGUGUUAUCUUUGAGGAUUAGCAGUAAAAUUUGUUUUAAGGAUUUAUUAUAUAUACAAACGCAUGUAAAUCAUUUCAUUUAAGUUAAAUACAACUCUAAAUUAUAUCAAACUUUCAAUCUAGUACUCAACAAGCAUUUGCAAGUAAUUCCUAAAUCUUUAUUUUAAAUGUAUUUGUAAAGUAAGUGUUAAGUGAACUGUAUAAGGCAUUGACUCUGCUUGGAGAGAGAGAUAAUGAAGGUCUCUAAGUAAUCUGCACAGCUUUUAUUGGAAUAUUUGAAUCCCUCAAGGACCUUGCAGAUUUAGCUUAUCUGACAAUAGCAGUUUAAAAACCAAGCAGUGAGGGGUUAUUGAUGACGAUCUAGAAUUCUGACCGUGGGAAGACUGGCAUUAUUGGGAUCACUUAUUGCAUUAGGUAACUGAAGAGAUACAAAUUCUCUUGCUUUUUUCUUUCAGAUCCAUUACAGUUACCAGUAAUGUGUCUCAUAAAUUAAUACAUAUUUACACGAGUUGUGAUUGGCCAUAAUGUCUGCAUAUCAUGUAAAUCUUCCCAGUUUGCUUUAUGAAUCCAGACACCAUCAUUUUUGGCAGUAUUACAUUAAUGGGUAUAGCAGACCUUCUCAAUGUAGAUACAUUUUUAAUGGUAAAACAAAGAAUAAUGGACAUAGAAAACAAGAUAAAGAAACAAUUUAAUUUUGCUAAUGUUGGUGUUCAUAUUAGUAUAUUCUUAAAUUGUAUUUGUAAGUAUAAUACAACCAAGGUCUAUUACAAACCUCUAAAGAAAUGUGAUACAAUGUAAUUAUUAAAUGAAGGUAUAUUCCCUGGCACCAUUUUAUUCAAUGUUUAUAUAUCUAUCCACUUCUUAGACCUUCCUGGAAGAAAUGGCACAAGCUUUAUAGUGAAUGGGUAACUUUAUUUUCCAUAUUAGAGUGUAGUGCAAAUAUUGAAUUCAUUUAUUUUUUUUUGUAUAUAAAAAAGAACUCAGUAAUGUAACGUACGCAUUCACAAAGUAGUGUGUGCUCCCAUAAGUGGCUGACAUUGGCACUGGGGCAUGCAGAACGUAAAUAAACAAUAUCUGACCAAUAAAUAACCAAUAUAUAUACAAUAUAUGGCAUUCAGUCACUAACUAGGUUUUAGCAUCUUAACCCAUAAGUAGUGUAGAUACAUUUAAAAAACCUUUAAGAACUGUAUUUUAUUUUCACACAAUCAUUUAAAAUGCAAACAAUAACAAACUGGUUGUAGAUUAUAGAAAGUGUGAAAUAAUAGUAAGAAGCCAUUUCAGAAAAGCAAACAAUGCAAUGAAAAGGGUGUGAACCUCAAACCUCUAUAUCAGUCUGCAGUAACAGCACUAGGCAGCUUUCCUCAAGACAUUGGUGCUAAACAUUUACUGCACAUUGUUUGCCAGAUGAGCACCCUGAUCCAGUGUCGCCUACUAAAUACUGUGACAAUAAAGACGCUCUCAAGUGACUCUGUCUUCACUUUUUUUUAACCCUAGUUUCAUUUUGCUCUAUAUAACCAACCACGAAUGCUUAACUAAAACAAAGUAGAUGCAUGACCCCAAAAAAAGGCUUCAGAUAGCGCAUGCACUUUUACACAACUUUCCAGUUCACUUUUAUUAUUUAAUUUGCUUAGUUCUCUUGUUAUUCUUUGCUGAGAAGGGUACCUAGGUAGGCUCAGGAGCUGGGAGCUAGCUGCCUAUGGAUGACUGCACAUAUAUGUCUGUCAUUGGCUUACUGUGUUCAGCUAGCUCCCAGUAGUGCAUUUCUACUCCUUCAAUAACGUAUACAAAGAGAAUGAAGCAAAAAUUGAUAGUAGAAGUAAACUGGAAAGUUGUUUAAAAAUGUCUGUUCUAUAUGAAUCAUAAAAUACAAUUUUGGGGUUUUGUGUCCCUUUAAUUUGUGUGCGAUCCUUUUGUUGUCUUCUUAGCAUGAAUUAGUUGAUUCUUCUUCUCAAGCUUGUGGUUAAAGGGACACUGAACCCAAUUUUUUUUCUUUCGUGAUUCAGAUGGUGCAUGCAAUUUUAAGCAACUUUCUAAUUUACUCCUAUUAUCAAUGUUUCAUUCUUUUGCUAUCUUUGUUUGAAAAAGAAGGCAUAUAAGCUAAGGAGCCAGACAUUUUUUGGUUCAGACCUCUGGCCAGCACUUGUUUAUUGGUGGGUGAAUGUAUCCACCAAUCAGCAGAACAACCCAGGUUGUUCACCAAAACUGGGCCGAGCAUCUAAACUUACAUUCUUGCUUUUCAAAUAAAGAUACCAAGAGAAUGAAGAAAAUUUGAUAAUAGGAGUAAAUUAGAAAGUUGCUUAAAAUUGCAUGCUCUAUCUGAAUCAUGAAAGAAAAAAAAUUGGGUUCAGUGUCCCUUUAAGGUAAGAUGGACAGAUGUGUCAUAUUGUGAUACUAUAUUUCUAUAGUGUUUUUACAUAUUUAAAUGUUUUAAUGUAUUUUGCUCUGUGCAGUGCUAGAACAAUGAUGUGUUCAUGAUUUGUACUACUGUGUAUAUUCCAUACUUGAACCUGUCAUUUACUAACUUAAGCUAUGAUUUUAAUAUGAAUUUAACUUCUCAUACAAAACAAUAAAUUAUUGACAUUG